AAGGUUUCUGCCCCACCCCAUUUUAGCUCUCUUCUUUGCAGUAAAGCCAUGACUGAUCCGAGUGAAGAUGGGAGAGUGCGGACGAUCCGCGCAGCGGUCUCCGCAGACGGACCAGAGCUGGAGACGGCUGGCCAGCAGAAACUGCUCCUGCACGUCUGGGGAAAGCUGCAACGAACGGAGGGCGCCCUUAGGGACGAAAUAGCACAGCAUCGAAAGCUGAAAAAAGAGAGGGAAGAGGACGUGGCAGGAUAUAAGGAAAUGCUCGGCAAAAUUCAGGACCUGUCAGAGCAGAAAAACGCCCAGCUGAACGCCAUGAUGGAAUCUAUCAGGGCAGAACGAGAUGCAUUCGAAGCAGGGAACCAGGCCAUAGUCCAAUUACUAAUGGAACGAGGAGGGGUUCACCACCAUCAAUUACUCGUCAACUCAAAAGACCGAGGUGACACUCUCAAAUUAUCUGUGGAGAGACUUGUGAACGAUAUGGAGAGCCAGGAAUUGACCAUCGGCCAGCUAGUGAAAGAGAAAAAGAAUCUAACGCACAAAAAAGAGCAGUUGGAAACAGAGUUACAGGUUCUGAAAAAGCAAUUGAGUGGCCUUAAAACAGCCAGUAUGGGUAGUGACAGAAAGGAGAAGCGGUUACAGGGACAGCUUGAGGCAUCACAAAAGAAACUUAAGUCCUGCGAAGAUGCCAACAAAGGGUAAGCAGUAAGUAAGUUGUCACUGAUUAUUGAACUUUAAAGCGUGAACAUGUGUGAAGAGCAUGUUGGGAAGCUUAGUUUGACAGGACACUAGGAAGUUCAAGCUUAUAGUAUAUAUACCACACAAUCUCUCUGUUGUGUAAUAACUUGCUCUUUACGUCCACAAAGACUAAGUGAGCAGUUGGAAAAGAUGAGGGGAGACAUGAAGAUGCUCACGGGGAAACUCGAGAGCAUGACAGCCACUCAGACAAAGGUCCACAGAGAGAAUGUCAGCCUCAGGAGAAGCAUCAAGCAGAAAGAGGGCGAGAUUCAGGAGACACGUCGUGAUACGGUCGCACUCACUACCCACAACCAACUCAAGGAAAAGUGCAACGAGCUGGAGAAAUCUCUCUCUGCAGAGCAACAAGCCCACGCGGAGAAACUGAGAAAGGUGACCGACAAAGACAAGCGUAACAUAGAGCAGUUGAGGCAAGAGCUAGAAACCGCUCAUGGAGAACUGGAAGAGGUCAAAGAAAAGUUGGAGACUACUUUGCAGCAGGUUCAUAGUCUGCAACGAGACCUUCACGAAAAGGAACUGGAGAACCAAAACACUCACCAAACCCUACAGAAACUCAUUAAAGAGGAGCAGGAAGCUCAGGAAGAGAACAGGGAGCUAAAGAGGCAGCUCAGUUUGAAAGAAGAGAACCAGAACACGAUGCGUAAUCGACUGCACAAAGAGAGCACUUCUCUGGCGCGGCAGAAAGAGGAGCGGGAGGGAGAGCUAGCUGCAGUCACCAGAGAGCUGCAGGAGUCGAGAGAGGUAGAAAAGGGGCUUCAGUUGGAUAAGGAAAGUCUCUCGCAGCAGCUGAAGAGAAUCCAGGAAGAGGUUGGAGGGUACCAAGUGAGACUGCUGGAGAUGGAGCAGUUCAUGGAGACUGGGAAACAACAAGUGACAACAGAGCAGGAGGCAAACCAUACAAAGAUCAAGGAAUUGGAGGACAGGGUUUCAACACUGGAUAUGGACAAGAGAACACUCUCUGAAAAGUUGGAUGAGAGGAUUGAGCAGCACCAGAAGCUGCAGCAUGAGUUGAGGACAGAGAGAGAUGCAAAGGACCAGCUUCGCUCUGAGGUGCAGAGAUCACAGAUGAAGGCAAGGAGUUUGAGGGAGGAGAAAAAGAAGUCAUCUUCUGAGCUGGAGCAGCAGUUAGCAUCAGCAGAAGCAGAGAACCUGACAUUACAACAGAAGAUUGAUAAACUAAAGGCAGAGCUUCAGAACAUGGUUCUGGCUAACACCAAGGCAACAGGAGCAGAGGAGGUUCUGAGGAGGAUUGAGAAAGACUUAAGACUAAAGCUUCAGGAGAGAGAAGCUGAGAAUCACUCUUUAGUGCAAAAGGCUACAGAAAAGUCAGAGGACACAGCCAGAUUAACUGCUGAAGUAAAGGAGCAGAAAGAGAUAUGCAAACGUAAGCAUGGGAAAAUCGAUUCACUGCAACAGGAGGUUCAAACAGGCAGAGAGAGACUGGCAGCUGUAGAGGCUGAGCUUUCCACGCUCCAGCAAAACAUCUCUCACACAACAGAAGAAAAGUCAGCCCUUGAGGGAGCAGUGUCUACCAUGUGUGGAGAGCUGGAGAACACGAGGCAGGAGCUGGCAGCGGCGGGUGAGAGAGCCAAGCUAGAGAUGAAAACAGUACAGGACAAACUGGACACAGCAGAGCAGAGACUCGCUACAGCACUGGCAGAAAAAGAGGACAAAAAAAAAUCAUCACAGAGAGCAGUGGAGGAGCUGAAGACGAAAGUGGAGAUGUUGGAGCAACGCCUGACACAGGCAAGCCAAGAUUCCUCAGAGAGAGCUGACCAGCUGGGCCACACCGAGAGAAAGUUCAGCGAACAGAUUCAGACGCUGCGACAGAAGCUAUCGACUGUAGAAGCCCAGAAACAGCAAGAGAGAGAAGAGCUCGGUAAUCAGCUAAAGAAGCUGUCUGCCACACUCUCUCACACCCAGCAAGAACUCCAGUCCAGGGAACAGGAGCUAGAGGUGACUAAAGCCAGACUGAGUGAGACGGAGAAAAUGUGUUCCGAGUCGGAGAGUCUCCUGGACAGGGAGAAGAGUAGCACUGUCAACCUCCAGCAACAGCUCACCGACGAGCAAGGAACCUCUGCCAAGUUUCGGGAGCAGUUACAGGAGCUGGUCACGAAGAAUGCCACCGCUCUCGGUGCUCAGAAGAAACUAGAGGCAGAACUGACUGAAAUGUCGAAGCAAAAGCGGAGAGCAGAUUCAAAGCUUGCCAAGAUACAGACCGAGCAAGAGGCCAUGCAGAGAGAGAAGAAGCAGCUCCAACAGAAGGUAGAAGCAUUGAGUGCUGAAAUUUUGGAACUUCAGCAGAAAUUGGCUGAACUUCAAGUGAAGGAGAAGGCAAUGAUAGAAGGGGAGCAUAAAAUAGAGUCACUUCAACACGAGCUGGCUAGCAUCGAAGAGAAACUCAAUGAGAAAGAAGUGAAGGGAAUGGUUCAGGAGCAGAAGUUGGAGAGAGAGGUGGAGAGGGCGAGGAGAAUGGAGGAGGAGAGAGGGGAAAUGGAGAAGGAGUUGAGGGAGAAGGAGACCGAAAUGACCAGCUCUGCUCGCUCUCUGCAGGCAAAGGAACACCACGUCAGACUGGCCGAAGAACAGAUAAAGAGGUUGGAGUAUGAGAAGGAGCAGCUGCACAAGGAGCUGGCUCUGGUUCAGCAGGUUUACAGUCAGCAGAUGGCAGGGAUGGAGGAAUGGAGAGACGGCCUGGCGAGACAGGGCAGGAGACGAGCUGAAAAGAAAAUACACGACCAGGAGAGGUUGAGUUCAUACAGAGAGAAGCAGCACCGUAAGAAGCUGGGUCUGGAGUGGGAGGUGGUGAGGCUCUGUGAGGACCUGGAGAGUGCCAGGAGACAGCUAGAGGCCGAGGCAAGGUGGAGGGAAAAGGCAGCUGCUGAGCACAAGAUACAACUGGCAGCCAACACUAACCUCCGGUGCAAGAUCAAUGAGCAGGAGAGGGUCAUAAGUGACCAUAAAAACGAGAUCCAUCAGCUGAGACUGAGCAAUGACAGAGUGCAGAGGGAGAACCAGCUACUUGAACAAGAGAACAGCACGCUGACCUCGCCAAGAGGGCACCCCUCUCCUAUUCUCUACCGUCACCACACAUCUGCUCCCUCUUCUUCCCCUCCUCACUCCCCACCUCCUCCCUCCCAGCCCCCACCUGCACCAGUCUCUCCUCCCUCACAAUCUCCACCAUCACUAUCCCAAACAUCACAAACUAACACUUAACCCACUUCAGCUACAUACUUUAUGCUUUUUAUCACCCCUAAUUAUGUCACACAAAAAGUUUUUAGACACUAGUAAAUUUCCCUAUUUUCAAAUCACACCUCUUUCUUAUUGUAUCUUUCCAUAGCUUUCUCCAUUCUAAAUCAGGCUUUCCCAACCUUCUAUUGCCUUUCAUGCAAGAUUUUGACUGAAUUGAUUGAGGAAAUAAUUAAAUUUUUUCAUCUUUUUGAGAGGGAGCUACCGACUUUAGCUCCACUCACAGCCACCAGUAGGUAGUACAGUACCACCAACACUAUCCCUAUCAGAGCCAGUAUGAUGAGCAGUGUGU